UCCGAGUACGACGAUACAAGGAUCAAAUGGGAUCAUUCUUGAUGGACGUGGACUUGCUAGAAGGAAAGUCUAUCACAUUGCUACGAUUUAUGGACUAGAAUGAAGAGAAGAUGGGUUUGGUAGAAGGAAAGAAGAUCUCCCAUGGUGUGAACACAAGGUGUGAAAGGAAUAUCAGGUGUAACACAAGCCAUGUGAGGGAGGAUUUCAAGGCUAGAAUCUAGGGAGUUGUUGACCAAGUCUUUUACUUGUCUUUUAAGGAUUGUGUUUUCCUCUUACUUGUCUUUUAAGGAUUGUGUUUUUACCUUUUACUUGUAGGAUUUGUUUUUCAUUUUAAGAUUUGGAUUUGUGUUAGCUAGUCUAUAAAUAAGAGGCUGAGUUCCUCAUUGUAACUCAUUCAAUUAUCAAUCAACUUUCAAGUUACAAGUUCAUACGAACUAGUUCUUUGUGCAAGCUUCUGUUGAGAGUGCUCCAGGAGUUUCACGUGUCUCUUAUCAACUAGAGAACACGUCUAGUUGUGGCGAGCUUCUACCCAAUAGCGAUUGGCUUUAUUCACGAGUGGGUGAGGGGAUCGGAUUUUUCUGACUCUAUCUCUAAAAUCAUCGACUUCUCUCUCUAAGAUAUUUCUCUCUCAAUUCUCUUUGUAAUCUCCUCAGUUCUUCCAUCGACGAUUAUUCUCUCAUUGCUUACUCUCCUUGACCCAUUUUCCCGAGUCUCCCUCCUACACCCAGUUAGGCUCAAACAGUUUCAUAUACCAAUUGGCCUUUCACACGAGUUGGAAUCUGUUUGAUCGUGUUCCAUCAUUAUCUUUUGUUCGAGUUCUUGUUCGUUGAAGAAAAGCUUCGAAAAGCCAUAAAAAGUAGGAAAGUUGCGUACUUUGGUCAUAUCAAGUGGUAUCAGAGCCCGGUUCAAACUCAGUGGCAAAUUUGAAGAUUACCGGUUCAAACUCAGCGGCAAAAAAAGAGGUAUUUUAAUUUCAGUACUUUUUUUAUUGUAAGAGGUAUUUCCAGAAAAGCCAAAAAAAAAACAUUGAAAAAGGCAGAUUGAGAAAAAAAAAAGAAAUACAAAUCAGAAAAAAAACACAAAAAAAGAAUUAUUGUUUUUUUUUCUUUUCGUUUACGUCAAGCAUUCUUGAGGUAGAAUUGUGUUUUGUCUUACGUGAGCUUGUCAUUGGAACAAAAAAAAAAGGUAACGAGAAAAAAAAAUCUUUCUUUAGUUUACGUGAGUAGAUAGAGUAAUAAAAAAGAGUUGUGUUUUUUUUUUUCGUGUACUGUUAGUGAAAAAAAAAACAAAAUUUUUUUUUGUCUUACAGCCACAAAGCUGUACGUGUGGGAAGAAAAAAAAAUUUGUUUGUUUUUUUGUUUUUGUUAGCUCUUGAAAGGCAACAAUGGAGCAAAAUCAAUGAUUCACGGAGAUGAUGAAGCAAAUGCUCCAGACGACGGAAGUUAUUCUUCAAGGUUAAAGGGGAAUAAUGUGCCAGCAACAAUAAUCCAACCUGAAGCUCAUUUGACGAUAGGGAGUCCAAAGUCAAAGCAAGAUCUCGAGCAAAGGGAGAAUAAAUUUCAAACGAGAUGCUUAGUGGAUGGUAAACUACUAUCGGUUUUGAUUGGUGGAAAGAGUUGCACUAAUUUGGUGAGUGAAUAUUCGGUGAAGAAAUUGGGUUUAAACACAUUGAAACAUCCAAAACCCUACACUCUUCAAUGGCUUAAUGAAGAUGGAUCAAUUGAGGUCACCAAGCAAGCCAUAUUGAAGUUUGAGAUUGGACGCUAUAAAGAUGAAGUCCUUUGUGAUGCGGUGCCAAUGGAAGAGGCUCAUGUUUUGCUUGGAAGACCAUGGCAGUUUGAUCGAAAUGGACAACAAGAUGAAGUCACCAAGAAGUACAAGUGCUCGCAUAGAGGUCAGAAGUUCGUAUUGAAGCCUUUAUCUCCCAAAGAAAUCUAUGAGGAUCAACUUCAAAUGCAACAGAAUUUGAAGAAGGAGAAAGAGUUUCAAUCCAAAGUCGAAGAGGAAGUCAAAGAAGACGUUGAAGAGAAAGAAGAGGUUCUUGUUGAUGGACUUACUAUAGUCACUUGUGAAGAGGAUUCACAAGCUUUGAUUUCAUCUCGAGAAGAACCAAAACUUGAAGUAGAAGAGAAAGUCGAAGAAGAGGCAGAAGAGGUGAAAGAAGAAAUUCUUGUUGAUAUUCCAGAUUUGAGUGCGCAAGAAGUUAAACAGUACAUUAAGGAGUCAGAAUUCAAGGGCGGAGAUGAAUGCUUGAAAAUUAUGGAGCAUUCACCAAUAGUUCUCGAAGUUGCUCAUAUUGAUUUUGUGAUUGGUGAUGCAAUGUUAGAAGAGGCAGCUCGCCGGGAGAAUCAACAAGAAAUUCAGCGUUACGCAGAGAGCUUUCAUCACAAUGGUAUCUAUGCAAUUCGUGGACCAAUUGUUCUUAAGAAGGGGGGAAUAAUACGAUCCUCACCAAUACAAUUUCGUUGGAAGAGCAAGAAGAGUGGUGCUGGUUGGAGAUCAAAGUUCUAUAAAGAUUCGAGGUCGAAUCUUCUUCAAGAGAGAGGGAAUGAUGCGACUCCGCUCACCCCGCAUGACGUCACUCGAGCUCAAACUAGAUAUCUACAUGGAACAUGGUUCAAGAGACGAUUUAAGAGGUUUAAAGAGAGCUUGGAAGCAUUCCAGGUGGAAGAAAAGGUAUUUGCAAGCAAGGCCUACGAGUUUGUUGAUGUGAAAUCAAUUGGCAGAAUAUAUAAUUCUCGUGGUCCAAAGAUGAAGGUCCGAGUACGACGAUACAAGGAUCAAAUGGGAUCAUUCUUGAUGGACGUGGACUUGCUAGAAGGAAAGUCUAUCACAUUCAUACGAUUUAUGGACUAGAAUGAAGAGAAUAUGGGCUUGGUAGAAGGAAAGAAGAUCUCCCAUGGUGUGAACACAAGGUGUGAAAGGAAUAUCAGGUGUGAACACAAGCCAUGUGAGGGAGGAUUUCAAGGCUAGAAUCUAGGGAGUUGUUGACCAAGUCUUUUACUUGUCUUUUAAGGAUUGUGUUUUCCUUUUACUUGUCUUUUAAGGAUUGUGUUUUUUCCUUUUACUUGUAGGAUUUGUUUUUCAUUUUAAGAUUUGGAUUUGUGUUAGCUAGUCUAUAAAUAAGAGGCUGAGUUCCUCAUUGUAACUCAUUCAAUUAUCAAUCAACUUUCAAGUUACAAGUUCAUACGAACUAGUUCUUUGUGCAAGCUUCUGUUGAGAGUGCUCCAGGAGUUUCACGUGUCUCUUAUCAACUAGAGAACGCGUCUAGUUGUGGCGAGCUUCUACCCAAUAGCGAUUGGCCUUAUUCACGAGUGGGUGAUUGUUUGAUUGGUUUCAUAUACCAAUUGGCCUUUCACACGAGUUGGAAUCUGUUUGAUCGUGUUCCAUCAUUAUCUUUUGUUCGAGUUCUUGUUCGUUGAAGAAAAGCUUCGAAAAGCCAUAAAAAGUAGGAAAGCUGCGCACUUUGGUCAUAUCAGUUAGUUACAAAAUCAUCUCUCGAGUAGGGAUGACAAUGGGCCGGGUUGGGUCGGGUUUUGUCAAACCCAAACCCAAAUCCAUGGGUUUGUCCGCCAAAAAAAACCCGGGGUAAAACCCGUUGGGUUUGAAAAACUCAAACCCAACCCAACCCGCUAGGUAUCCGCGGGUUCAUGGGUACCCGUGGGUUUUUGUGGUAAAAAUUUACAAUAACAAGUUUCUUUCAAAAUAAAAGUUUAACAUCAAUUUUCUCAUACAAAUUAAACAUACAAAAAACACCAAUCUAGAGCAUACAAGCAAAGCGCAAAUGAUCAAUACAAAUUAUUCAAAAUUAAAGAUAAACAUAUAUAAACAAUAAGAUUAAUUGAAAGCUUCUUCCUCGUCAACUAAGUUUCUUCAUUCUCCACUUCAUAAUAUCAACUUCAUUCUAAACAAUUAGAAAGAACAAAUUAUACAUGUCUCCACAUACAUAUAGAAUAUUAGUUGUUUAAGAAAGAUAUAUUAUUUAGAAUAUUAAAUAUAUCAGGAAAGUAAUUAUAUGUGUGGGCGGGUACCCAUGGGGCGGGUUUACCUAAACCCAAACCCAACCCGACCCGGUAAAUAGUGUAGUGGGUUUAAACCCGAACCCGGCCCAAAAUCCGUCAACACGGGUUUUACCCGCGUUGACCGAAUUGAGUCGGGUGGGUACCCGUGGGUUCGGAUUUUGUUGCCAUCCCUACUCUCGAGACUGUUUAUAAUAAUAUACAUAGUCCAACAUCACCUUACAAUUUCUCUAAUUCAACCUUAUCGCCAAACUACCUCAGUUUCCCAAAGGUUCCUAUAAAUUAAACAAUAAUCU